AGGGCAGUAAACAGAUAGUGGCAAAGGCGCUGCUGUUCAUACCCAAAGCUCGUGUCAAAGCGAGGAAAUUGUCAGCGAAGGCAAGUACACGCUAAAAAACUAAACUUCGCUCGUGUUAUUAGAGCUCGUCUUGUACAGCUGCACAUUCGGACAUUGUGCCAUAACUGUCCUGGAUUACCACUUUAGGAGCGCCAUGACUUGGCAAACAAACGCUGCGCGCUAGGAUGGCAGGAAUAUGGGUUCAGUGAUAGGUAAGCGCACGUAAACAAAUCUAUAUAGAGUGCAGUCGAGGCUGGAAAACCUGAACAGGUGGCAUAUCUCGGGACAUACACGUCAAGUGGAGCAGACCGACAGCUUGCCUCUUUUCGUUAAUCCUCUGCUGACGACGCUUUUCAGCCCCUCUCCUCCUCGCCGGAGAAAGACUUCAUUUCGUGAAGUUCUCGCCGCGGUUUAGCAGUGCUGACAGGACGGGCUCCGGUGUCUUACAGGAUUCUGGAGAUGCGCGUGCAAGUUUUCUGCUGGAUUUAACAACAAGCGCAUUCUUUCUUUCUCACUCCUUAUGCCUUAUGACUUGGAUGUGUUGAAUAUACACGUGUCAAAAAGCGACAUGUUUCCUGAAAUUAAUAACAAGUCAGCCAGACCCGAGGCUUUCCCUCACCCACACAGGGCACAGGCCGACAACACUAAAAUAGGAUCCAACUGCACCUACACACAGAAGUGUGGGACAGGCGUUGGUACUUUGCCCCAACUAGAGGCUCCUGUCAAGCAAGUUUUGGUGACCAAUGGCAAACUUCUGCAUUCGAAUGGAACCUUACCAAGCAUUGUCAAACAGUUGGUGCAAAGCACUCAGGGGAAUCAGGAGGAGAGACCAAGGCCGCAGUUUCCCAAUCGCUUUGGUUCAUCAGUGGAAAACCUGUCUGAAUCCUUAACCAGGAGCAUUAUUAAUAAGUUCGAGAAGAUCAGAACAUAUGAAGGACAGAGGCUGCCAAUGUCUCCAACAACGGCACUGAAACACUUCCAGAACCAGUUAACAGAAUAUGAGCGGGAAGAGAUCAUGGAUUACUCUGAGAUCUGGUAUCUGGGUUUGGACACAAAGAAGAUUGAAGGCUCCCAGGGAUCCCCACAGAAUGCCGGCUAUGAUGAUGAACAUGGCAGCUACUUAAAGGUCCUGCAUGACCAUAUAGGCUAUCGCUAUGAAGUGCUGGAGGUGAUUGGGAAAGGAUCGUUUGGCCAAGUCUUGAAGUGUUUGGAUCACAAGACAAAUGAGUUGGUGGCCAUCAAGAUCAUUCGAAAUAAGAAGAGGUUUCAUCAUCAGGCUCUGGUAGAGUUAAAGAUCCUGGAUGCUGUACGGAGAAGAGACAGAGAUAACUGCCACAACGUUAUUCAUAUGAAGGAGUAUUUCUACUUCCGCAACCACCUGUGCAUCUCCUUCGAGCUGCUCGGGGCAAACCUGUAUGAGCUGAUCAAGAAGAACAACUUCCAGGGCUUCAGUCUGGGUCUGAUUCGCCGUUUCGCUCAUUCACUGCUCAAGUGCCUCCAGAUGCUGCACAAAGAGAAGAUCAUCCACUGUGACCUUAAACCGGAGAACAUACUGCUUUCCCAAAGGGGGCAAGGAAACAUCAAGGUGGUCGACUUUGGAUCAAGCUGCUAUGAGCAACAGAGAGUGUACACUUACAUCCAGAGCCGCUUCUACCGCUCACCAGAGGUGAUUCUGGGUCAUCCGUACAGCAUGGCUAUAGACAUGUGGAGUCUGGGCUGUAUUUUGGCGGAGCUUUACACCGGUUAUCCGCUCUUUCCAGGAGAGAGUGAGGUGGAGCAGAUCGCCUGUAUCAUGGAGAUCAUGGGACUUCCUCCAAAUGACUUUGUUCAGACUGCAUCGAGACGGAGGUUAUUUUUUGAUUCGAAAGGAAAUCCAAGGAACAUCACCAACAGCAAAGGAAAGAAACGUCGACCCAGCUCUAAAGAUCUGGCCAGUGUGCUGAAGACCAACGAUCCUCUCUUUCUUGACUUCAUUCAGCGUUGCCUUGUGUGGGAUCCCACAAAGCGCAUGACGCCUGAUGAAGCGAUGCAGCAUGAGUGGAUCACAGAAGGACGCCUCAACAGACUCCAUCCGAAACCUCGCCCGCUACGGAAAGACAGUGACAACAAUUAUGAAUUUACCUACCGCAAAGCCACAGGAAACAGGACAGCUGAUAAAUCAGGAUCCGACGAGAAACUGAAGAGGGUCAGUGACGCCUCAAGCAAAGGAGGAAAGACAGUCUCAGAAGAGCGUCUGCGUCCUAUAGGAGCCUCAGCCGAGGAAGAAACCAGCGAGGAUUCAAGCAAAGGCCUGAGCAAAGACAGCAAGACGGACUCGAGUGGUGAACGAUCCGUUCAGAUCAUCAUCAAACCUCAGACGGGCUCCAGCUCUGAUUCCUCGUCCUCUGAAGGACCAGAGCCUCAGUUUCUGCCCCCCAUUGUAUAACAGCCACAGCAAGGUGUUUCUUACUGCAGCCGCUUGGUCUGGAUUUACCGUUUGUGCGGCUUAUUAGAGAGAGUUUGACUUUGAGUUUUGAAAUGUCCAAGAAAGUCAGACUAAUGAUUUAUUUAUUUAUUUUUAGCAGUUAUUCAUUGUGGUAUGAAAAGGUGCCAUCAUACUAGAGUCUGAAAACUGUUUAGCCACAAAUUUUGAAGAUGUGAUGCCGGAUGUUGUUUUUAUUAGUUAAUAAUUUGCUAAAUAAUAUUUUUAAUAAUAAAAUCAAUUAUUUAAAAUACAUCAAAUGAAAUAAUUAUUGAAUUGAUGUACAAAAAUUAUUUUUAAAUUAAAGUAUUUAAAUUAAACGCAUAUAAUAAAAUGUUUAAUUAAUUAAAAUAAUAAGGAUUUCAAACUAAUUAAUAAUUGAAAAAAUCAAUUAAACAAAUUAUUAUUGAACUAAUUUUAAUUUACAAAAGGAUUUUUCAAAUAAAGGAUUUAAAUUAAACACAUUUAACAAAAUAUUUGAAAUAAGAAUGAAGAAAUUCCAAUUGAAUGUUUAAAAAAAAUUAUUAAAUCAAAUAAUUAUUGAACAAAUUUUUGAAUAAAAUAUUUUAAUUAAACACCUUAAAUAGAAUAUUUACUUAAUUAAAAUAAGGAUCAAUAAAAUCUAAUUAAAUGUUUAAAAAUGUAACUAUAUCAAAUAAUUAAUUUACAAAAUAAUUAAAAAUAUAUAAAAUAUUUUAAUUAAGCACAUUUAUUAAAUUAUUUAAUUAAUUAAAAUAUUAAUUAAUAAAAUCUAAUCAAACAUUGAAAGAAUUAAAUGAAAGAAUAUUAAAUAAUUUACCAAAUAAUUUGAAAAAUAAAAUAUUUAAUCCAUUAAAAUAGUAAUUAAUAAAAUCUAAUCAAAUAUUGAACUAUUUUAAUUAAAUAAUUAUUAUUAAUUAAUUUACAAUAUCAUUUUUAAAUAUAACAUUUAAUUAAUUUAAAUAAUAAUGAAUAAAACCUAAUCAAACAUUGAAAGAACUUAAUAAAUAUUUAUUAAUUUACCAAAGUAAUUAAAAAAAUACCAAAAUUUACUUAAUUAAAAUAAUAAUGAAUAAAAUCUAAUCAAAUAUUGAACAUUUUUAAUUACAUAAUGAUCAAUUAAUUUAUAAAAUAAUUUUAAAAAUUAAACAUUUAAUUACAUAAAGUAAUAACGAACCAAUCAAACUUUUAAAAACAUCAUUCAAUUCAAUUAAUCAUCUGCAGCCUAGUGUGAUCGCACCUUCACUUUCCAGUCUAGAACAAUUACAUUAGCUGAAGAGCAUUCGAUUGUGUUUUCACCAUUAAAACCCGUCUUGUUGAUUUGGAAGUAAAGUGAAUAUCAUUUUGGUGCUUGUGAUGUAUUUGGAAAAGAUUAUUGUUUGUGACACUGGCAUAUUUUGCUGAGCAUCAUGCUAUGUGCAUGUUUAUUGGGUCUAGUGUGCUUUUUCAUUUUCCUUUUUUUAAGCAUCAAAGCUUUUAGCAACGUCAUUAAUAGAGCUCAAGCAAACCUUGAGUACCAAAGCUGCUUUAUUGUGCAAUAUUUACUGCAUGGAUUAACAGUGUUUGUAUAUUUUCUUGUCGUUUGCCAGAUUUAAUUUUUUUUAAUGAGUUAGUAUGCUUGUCAGUGCAAUAAUAACUGAGCCAAAGAGAUUUAUCGUACAUGUUUUUACUCUAGAAGAACAAAUCCUCAGACUAAAUCUGACGGAAAGCACACUAGAUCAUCAAAAUGUGCACAGGAAUUGCGUGAUUUUUAUUGAUGAUUGUUAUGAUUUCGAUUUCGAGGGAGGUCAAGAAUGCUGUUUAGAGUAAAAGUACAACGUUUUAUGGAUUGUAAUAGUUUCUUUUCUUGUAAAUAGAGUUCUUGAGGUACAGUAAAUACCAUGCACCCUAUGCGGAUGCCAUCAAGUCAUGUAAACAUUAGACAAGGUUUUACUUGUUCUUGUUAUCGUUUUAUCUGUUAUAAUUGAUACAAAUGGAGAUUUUUACUACCAUAUGCUCUCUUUUUCCCCCUUGUUGUUUUGUUUAUGGGGUUUUAGAAGAAAGUCUUGGACGGAGGGUGUUAGGUAGUGCCUUUCAGUAUUAGAAUAAUCGUCAUUUUAAUCGUCUCUUGAAUAAUGUCUGUACUGUCAUAACUAUGACAAUAAAGAUUUAAUAUGGAACUAAAUGUGAAUUUUUAAAUGCAAACACGGUCUGGACUUGAUUUAGUGGAAAUGGCUUUUAUAUGUUCAUCAAGGGGAUGUGUAUGCAUUAAAAUAAAGCACUUUUGGUAAAUGUGAAAA